AUGACGAGAAGAAAUAGGAGCUGGCCCGCAGCGGCUGCUUUGCUGAUUAUCAUUGGAACUGUUUCCAAACCUUCCAAUGCCUUUACUACGUCAAUCCACACCCGCCUGUCGUCCCACACGUCGUCUUCCAUGGCAUUAUCUGUGGCCAUGUCACCACCCGUGCAGGCGGACAAUAGUAGUACCAGCGGUGGCGAUAACAACAACAAUAAUGAUAAUCAACCGGAGUACAAGGACUUGAGAGAAGCCAAUAAAGCACUGGAUGCCUUGGCCAUGAAAUGCGGGAAUCCCACGUCGGAACCCAUCAUUUCCAGAGCCGACGAAUGUCAAUCCCAAUGGGAAAACAUGAGAGGAUCCUCGAUUGAACCCGACACGGUCAGUUUCAAUACGGUCCUCAAGGCAUGGGGUCGUUGUUGUCAUUCCUUGGCCGAAAUCAAGCGCAAUAGUGCAAAUGGAGGAGAUGAUACCGCCGUUUCCUUUACCGCUGAUGACGGUGGUGUCCACAAUGAUCAUCCACAAGUCUACACGGCCAAGGAUGCCGCCGAACGAGCCACGUUAUUGUUGCUCAGUCAAGAACAGGAAUACGAAAAUGGAUCCGUACCAGAAUCGGCACGACCCGAUACAUAUUCCUAUAAUGAAGCCAUCGGUGCCUGGGCCAAGAGUGGUGUCGCCGAAGCACCGCAAAAUGCCGAACGGUUGUUGAAACGAAUGCUGGACCACGAGUACAUUCGACCGGAUGGGAUCUCGUACAAUUCCGUGGUCGAUGCGUGGGCAUAUUCCGGCAGAAAAGAAUCCAUUCACAAGCUGGUCGAAGAAAAAAAUUACGACGAAGCUCGCAAGACGGCACGCGAUGCCGAAGAAUACCUCACGCUCAUGAAAGAACGAUACGAGCAAACACAGGAUCCCGAUCAUAUGCCCGAUGUCAUGACAUACACCGCAGCUAUGGAUACCUACGGACGAUGUGGACACUACACUUCCACCAUGAGAGCCAGAGCCUUGUUGGAAGAACUCAAGGAUCUAUACGAAGAGUCGGGAAAUCCCAAACUCAAACCCGGUGUUCGCACCUACACGUCUCUUAUUACGGCAUGGUCCAAGACACGGUCACCGGAUUCCACGCGGUAUGCCGAACAGUUGUUGGAAGAAAUGAACAACAGUGGCGAUACGGAUCUGUAUCCCAAUGCACGCACGUACACGGCUGUCAUUCAAGCCUGGGGACGAUCGCCCGACCACAACAAGGCAGCACGUUCACUCAAGUUGUUGCAAGCACUCAAAGAACGGCACAAUGCUGCCACCAGUCCCAGUAGGAAACAGGCACUCAAACCAACAUUGUCCACCUAUAACAACGCUCUGGAGGCGUGUGCUCGUUGUCAAGGCGAUUUGGCACAACAAACAGCUGCCUUGAAAAUCGCCUUUGCGAUUCUCAAGGCUGUCAAUCAAAAGGAAUCGGGACUGCAGGCCAAUGCCGUCACCUACGCGACCGUCUUGAGGGCAUGCUCCUUUCUGUUGGGGCCGGGCGCAGAACGCAAUACUGUGGCAACGGCGGUCUUUGAAAAGGCCAAAAAGGCGGGCAUGGCAGACUUUCGGGUCUUGUUUCAGUUACGAAAAACGGUGGACUCCAAACAGUUGGCGGAAUUGUUGGAUGGGCUCCCCCAGGAUCGAAACGGUAUCUUUGAUUUCAACAAGGCACCGCCUGGUUGGUCACGUAAUGUGCGGUAA